CUAACUUCACUUUUCCCAACUAAUCAGAUAUUUGAUGCUCCAUGGUGGUGCAGUAGGCCCUAUGUGGGCUUUCAGACUGAGGCAGAAAGGCCAUUUUUUCAAUGGUAUGACUGAAUGAAACCAGAUGUCACCAUCUGCUGCUAGAAACCUAGUACUGCAAUGGAAACACCACGUGACUAUUGCGGAACAAUAACAAACGUGAAAAUUGAUUUGCUGCAGUUAAGAAGCCCUGGUCGAAAUUAUGGCUGAUGAGUAGAUGUCUUGUGACUGGACGACACAGUCACUUCCCUGAAGAAAUGCCCCUCGUCAAGCAGCAGUUAAGGUCGUAAUAAUUAUAAUUUUUAAACUGAUGUAUGCGAUGUAUGGAACAUGGUUAGUUCUCCUUAUACUUUCCCAAACUCAUGGACAAUGUAUGUGCCAAAAUCGUAGCACAAACUUCAGACCCAACAUUGUGAUGGUGAUGUCUGAUGCAUUUGUAAGUACUGCCACUUUUACAUUUUGUAAACGUUUUUGAUUCGUUUUACAGAACAUUUUCAUGACAUUGUGUGGAUUAGAUUUAAAUUAAACUUUGCUGAUGAGUGAUGAUAAAUUGUUGCCACCAGUGAGUUUGAAUAUACCUAGUUAACUUAUCACUGCUCUGAUAAGGUUGGAGGGUGGGAUGUUUUCAGUUAUCUAUCUAAUCAGUCAUGGAUCAGUGAUUAUUACUAGAGAGAUAGUAGAUGCUCUGUUACUACCUCAAGGAAGGGAUAAAGGAUUAUUUCCCUUUUGCUGAAGGAUGGGCGGCUGACCUUUGACCCUGGGAGUAGGGUGGUCCAGUUACCAUACUUAAACUACCUCCGGGAGCUAGGCACUGUCUUCCUCAAUGCCUACACCAAUUCUCCAAUCUGUUGUCCCUCAAGAGCAGGUAAGAUGUUAGAUUUUAUGAUUCUAACCAUUCACAGUGUGCAUUUGUAUGGAAGACCUCAAGGUAACAGCAGAUCAUUGGUCAAUAAUGUGGGCCAUGUUACGAACCAUUGACAACAUACAUAACAAGAAGUUGAAUUGCAUAACGCUGGUGGAUGACUCCGAUUCCAAUAGUUUGUAACAGACCUGUUCAGUACAAAGGAAUGCAAUUAAUAGAAUGUAGCCAGCUCAAAUUGUAUUCAAACUCAAACAAUACUGCAACUGUAUUUCAAUCCAAUGACCACCAUAGGUCCAUGGAUUGAAACAUUUCACAGUCUGUUGUAUGUUGAUUAUUUUUCUCAGCUAUGUGGAGUGGUCGCUUUGUCCAUUUAACUGAGUCCUGGAAUAAUGAUAAGUGCCUGGACCCCAAUGCCACAACGUGGAUGGACCUGCUCCAACAGAAUGGCUAUAACACAUUGAGUGUUGGGAAGCUGGACUACACUUCAGGAAGUCACUCUGUCAGGUGGGUGGGCACUGCAGUGAGUCAUGAAUUUAUAACAGAACUGACGGCACCAUUUUACAGGGAACGGGGAGCUCACUUGUAGCCAGUCUUGUAAUGCUAAGAGAUGCAGAGACUUUACAGUAGAUAGAUAGGCUAGUGCAUGGAAGUGUUCUAUUCAGUCUCAUUUUCCCCUAAUGUGAACUGUCACUUGAUUUCUGACUCAUGUCUUUUAUUUUGGCCUAUGUUUUUUCCUCAUGUGUCUCGUUUGGCGACGUCACGUUUCUAUGAUGUGUGUAUUUCCACUCCAGUAAUCGUGUGGAGGCAUGGACGCGAGAUGUGCCUUUCCUUCUGCGGCAAGAGGGCCGGCCAGUAACAGACCUGGUUGGGGAUGCGUCCACAACGAGAGUCAUGACCAAGGACUGGAGAACCACAGACAUUGCCACCCAGUGGAUCCGCCACAAAGCUGCGCCUCUCUCCCAGCCUUUCGCCCUCUACCUGGGCCUGAACCUGCCACACCCCUACGUCACAGACUCCUUGGGGCCCAACGCUGGGGGGUCCACCUUCCGCACCUCUCCUUACUGGCUCGAAAAGGCACGUUCUCUUCAGGCCAUUCCAGAAGUAUUACUGCUAGUUCCUAUUUACAAUUUUAAAGGAGUCUUGUGUCAUGUUAGCAGUCUAGCUUUGUUUUAACUGUGCUAACCAAAUUUCGAUACAUCUUCAGAAGCAUUCAACUUUACUCUAGAUUGUCAAACCCUGUUGAUUGAUUCCCAUUUGCAGUGUGCGCUUGUGUUCCAUUUCACAGCAUGUGUAAUAAGGAGCUGCUGUCCACACAGGUGAUGCCUGAAUUAAUCUCUGUUCCAAAAUGGCUGCCGUUGUCCGACAUGCACCCUGUGGACUACUACUCCACCUUCACCAAGAACUGCAGUGGGAACUUCACAGAGCAGGAGGUCAGAAAGAUACGGGCCUUCUACUAUGCUAUGUGUGCUGAAACAGAUGCCAUGCUGGGUUAGUGGUGACUUAAUUGUUUGUGUGUCUGAAAUUUCGUGGUUGGCCAAAUGUGAACAUCCUUACAAUGUUUUACAGUGUUGCAGAAUGUGGUGUUCAGCAAUGGACAGUUUAGCAGCUACUGGUGUUAUACUGGUUUAUUGCAGAUUUAUUGCUGGUGGUAGUAAAACAUCUAGCCACGUGCCAGCCAAGCAGCCACCAACCAUAGGAUGUUCUGCAACCUUGUGCAACUCAAAUCAGUUUUCAUACAUUGAUUAGGUCUACAACAUUCUUGCAAAAAACCUUGUGUACAAAUGUAGUUUGGAAGUUGAAUAAGUAGUCUCUUACGUUACACACUUCUACUACCCCUUGAAAAUAAUCCCAACAGACACUCAUUCUGUGGCGGUCCGUGCUAUCUGGAAUCCUUGGGACGUCCCUACUCCAUUGAAGUUUAAAUUUAAAAUUGUUAAAGUUAAGUAAGGGUUAUGGUUAGGGUUCAGGGUAGGGACGUCCCAAGGAUCCCAGAUAGCACUAACCAUUCUGUGGCUGUGCUGCUCUCUGUGGUCCUUCUAGGCCAGGUGAUCUCAGCUCUGCGGGACACAGGCUUGCUGGACACCACAGUGCUGCUCUUCACAUCUGACCACGGUGACCUGGCCAUGGAGCACCGACAGUUCUACAAGAUGUCCAUGUUUGAGGGCAGCUCCCAUAUCCCCCUGCUCACCAUGGGGCCUGGGGUGAAGUCUGGCCUGCAGCUGAGUCAGCCAGUGUCUUUGGUGGACAUAUAUCCCACUGUGCUGGGUAAGUGCAGGAGUAUCUCAGGGUCAGAAGCACGGGGCUGGAUGAUGGAGGGAUUCAACGGGUUGUUACACGUCCUGGUCAGUAAACUGAUUCCAUUCCACAUAUAUUUUUGCAGAGAUGGCAGGCGUAGCGGUGCCAGGUGGCACUAGUGGUCAUUCUCUCCUGCCUUUGCUGUCCCAAUCUGCAGCCCGGCCCGCCCGGACUCGCCCAGACUGGGUAUUGAGUGAAUACCACGGCUGCAAUGCCAACGCCUCCACCUAUAUGUUGAGGGAGGGCCGGUGGAAGUACAUUACCUACGCAGAUGGUCUGAGUGUCCCCCCGCAGCUAUUCGGUGAGUCCCUUCCACCCCCCACUGAAAGAUUACUACUGGAGGAAAGAGGGUUUAGGGUUUGUUUUUUAUCCCUCAACAUCACAGUAUGUAAAUGACACACACGGUCCAAUAUCUAAUCAUUUUAUUUAGUGGAUAAAGAUGAUUUGGGACAGUACCACUACUGUGGGUACUUGGUAUGGGGUUUUUAAGCAAAACCACAUAACUUUCGGCAUUAUUUAGAUGUCAUUCCCCACUAAAACCUUUGUCCAAAUUUUCCGUCAGGUGCAGCCCUACCUCAGCCGCAGGGUCUACGUAGAUGAAAUCUCUGCAACCAGCCUUUCCUCUUUUAACACUUUUAAUAUCUCUCCCCUGACAGACCUAACAGUGGACAAAGAGGAGCUUCACAAUGUGGCAUCCAAAUUCCCUGAUGUGUGUCGUCACCUGGACAAGCUGCUGCGCAGCACAGUAGACUACCCUCAAGUCUCUAAGGCAGUCCGUCUCUACAAUAAGCAACAGUUUGCUGCAUGGCGCAAGAGCCUUGGUGAUAAUUAUACCCAAGUCAUCGCAAACCUGCGGUGGCAUCUGGACUGGCAAGAGGAUGUGGACAACAAUGAGAAAGCCAUCGAUGAGUGGCUCAUGACAUCUGGGUUCUCUUCUGAAAAGCUCAAAUUAUCAGUGUUUUAACUGGUCUGCUAUACUAGAAAAGCACCUAAAUAAAGAUGUCAUGCCAAACAUGACUACCAGUAGCUGCAUGAUCCACAACAGUGCUGCAAACUGGACAGAUAAUUCUGGUCGAAAUGUGAGAGAACGCACCCCAUAGUCAAUGCAUAAUUAUAAUUCACUUGUUUCUUUAUUGUUUAUUUACUCUGGUAAGAUUGUGGGCGGCAGGUAGCCUAACG